UGGAGCCCCGAAACAUGAAUGUUAAAUUGUGAACGCUUGAUAGACAGACCGUCUUUGAUAAUGACUGUAAUGUGUGGGUUGCCAACCGCCAAUAAACACCAAAGAAGAAGAAGAAUGUAAUGUGUAAAUGCUGCCAUUAGGCCGAGUUAUUUAGGCUACACAUGGAAGAUCGGGACGCUUGGCGUUGGAAGUAAACUCGGACAUAGUGUUGGGAAACAGCUUGAACCAGAAGAAAGGGGUCUUUUUUCCGUUAUCGGCUAUUAAAAUGGAGGGUUAUGAAGGAGCCAGCAGCAGCGAGAGUGUUUUAGAUCUGUCCCGUUUGAAUCUGAACAAUAAUAGUUUGGACACGGUCAGCGAGAAACGACGGAAAGACACGAAGCAACUGUACCUGUGUUACAACCGCAUGACGGUUUUACCCGAGUCCAUCUCUUUAUUCUCGAACCUGGAGUUUCUCGACAUCAGUAACAACACGCUGUCGGUCAUCUGCGAAGACAUUACCCGACUGACCAAACUCAAGACCCUCAUAGCCAAGAACAAUCGUUUAAAUGUGUUUUCUCUGCCCAAGCACUUUGGCUCUCUGCAGCUGGAAGUGCUGAAUUUGAGUGGGAACAGGUUUGAGGAGAUGCCGAGCCAGUGUCUGCAGCUGGUCACAUAUGUCAUCAAGGCAAAAGUGACUAUUAUCACGGUAGGGAUGCAUAUUUGUGAAGUUUUGUUACCUGAAUCCCUUCCACAACCCUUCUCUCUCUCUAGCUUAGAGCUGUUGUAUCUGGGUGGUAACCAGAUCUCCUCCAUCCCUGCUGAACUAGCUAACUUACCCUGCCUCAGUUACCUAGUUCUGUGUGAUAAUCGCAUCCAGAGCGUCCCACCUCAACUCAACAGGCUCCAUUCCCUGCGCUCUCUUAGUCUGCAUAAUAACCUGCUGACGUAUCUUCCGAGAGAGAUCCUGAGCCUGGUGCACCUUCAGGAGCUCAGUCUCAGAGGCAAUCCUUUGGUCGUACGCUUCAUCAAGGACAUGACCUACGACCCCCCAUCGCUGCUGGAGCUGGCUGGACGAACCGUCAAAAGCAAGAACCUCCCAUACUCGCAUAAAGACCUCCCGAGCCAUCUAGUCAACUACCUAGACAUAGCCAGCAAGUGCCCCAACCCCAAGUGUGCAGGUGUUUACUUUGACUCAUGCGUUCGUCACAUCAAGUUUGUGGAUUUCUGUGGGAAGUAUCGCCUGCCCUUGAUGCACUACCUGUGCUCCCCAGAAUGCACCUCUCCCUGCAGCUCCAACCCUCAGAGCGACGCUGACUCAGACGAAGACAACAGCGUGCCUGCCGAUCGCCUUCAAAGAGUGCUGCUGGGAUAACCUCGCUCACCCCGCACAUGUCGUCUCCUCUCUCUCACUUACAGUGUUAUCUGCAGGAGCUUUGAACUUUACAGCCAGCUAGCUUGAAAACCUCUCAGCUGAAGCCAAAUCUUACUGCCAAGUGAUUGAGCAAGUGGCAUUCUGAGAAAGACAUCUGCAGAUAGUUUCUCUUACAAAGGCCUUGCUUUGCAAAGGCAAAAUCAAAAACACUGGCGGUUCAGAAUAGUUGUUAGUUAUAUUAACUAAGUUGCCUUGGUCAUCAAUCUGUUAAGCUCUUGCACUUUUGUAAUAUGUUAGAAGACGCAGUUUAGGUACAUGCAUAUCUUUUGCUUGGCAGUAGGUUGCUUUGUCUCUCACGGGAGAGCGCUAACUUCAUUUUUUUCACAUUACGCACAAAGAUUUACUGUGAAAUAAACAUCGAGAACACUUGCUUUUUGGGUUUGUGAGAGAUUUAGAAUAAAGUUUUCUUCAUGUUUGUAACUGCGUGGCCUGCAGCACUAAAAAAGCUACAUCUUCAAAAACAUGCGCUUGUGUCUGCAAAAUAUCUUGAUUAAGUUUUUGUGUUAGUACUGAAUUUACUAACACUUUGCGGUUGCAUUCAAAAACCGGGGCAGCAUCUAGAAUCUUCAGAUAAACAGUGACAAAGGUUACCAGUGACUUUGUUUUGAAGGUUAAUUCUUCACUCUGCUUUAAUAUAAAAUAUAUGAUAUUGUUACAGAGCCAAUGGACAAAUUUGUGAUGUGUUUCUAGCAUUUUUAAACUGAACUUUGUUCUUCGAACACUUCCUGCACACAGAAGAAUACGGGGCCAGAACUGUACCUUUUGGGGUACAAUAGCUUGUCCCUGGA